CAGGUUCCAAGAAACUGCUGCAAGGAGCAUAAUUGGCUGACAGCCUCCAGCUGCCACACUUUGGGAUCUGCUGCAGUGUUUACGCCUAAGCCACACUCUCCACGCGCUUCUCUCAGCCAGUGAUUGAUUCAUUUUGAACCAGCGCUCUGUCUCAAAUUCUGGCUUGAUUUUUCCCUCAGUUGAGUUUUGUCUCCUCUUAGCUUUACACAGUACUGUUGUCACCUUCAGACUCAGGUCAAGAUGGAAUUUGAAGUAGGGGAUAACUUGCUGGGGUCACUGCUCUAGAGAGUGCCGUUCCUGUUGGAUUCCAAAUGGGCACCAUCAAUACUUGUUCUAUAUUUUGGGGGAAAUGGAAAUGAGGAUGGAGAGUGCUCCCUCACAAAUCCUCCUCUUGGACGUUUGAAUGAAGAGGCCCCCUGACUGGCACACCUUGGACUUCUUCACUGAUGGUACUGAUCCUGAGCUGAAUUUGGCUCACAAAUAUAUAGUCACCAGAUUUCCAUAACUCUGUGCUUUACCUAGUGCUGCUUAUGGGAAUGCCCUACACUUGCAUUACUGGCCUAAGUGGAUACUCACCAGCUGGCCGUGUCCAUCAUUACAGCCAAGUCUGAGAAUUCCUGAUUAUACUUAGAGCCUGUGGAGCUGCUGACACAAACAGUCAUUAGCAGUCGACCCUUUUGUAACAAACUAUGCUUUAAAAUGUAAACUGUGGGGGCAUUUUCCUUGCGUUGUCCAGAAGGAACUUUCUCCUGCCUGAGCCUGGAUUAAUCAUGAGAGAGCUCGUCAACAUUCCACUGGUACAUAUUCUUACUUUGGUUGCCUUCAGCGGGACUGAGAAACUUCCAAAAGCUCCUGUCAUCACCACUCCUCUUGAAACAGUGGAUGCCUUAGUUGAAGAAGUGGCUACUUUCAUGUGUGCAGUGGAAUCCUAUCCCCAGCCUGAAAUUUCCUGGACUAAAAAUAAAAUUCUCAUUAAGCUCUUUGAUACCCGGUACAGCAUUCGGGAGAACGGACAGCUCCUCACCAUCCUGAGUGUGGAAGACAGCGAUGAUGGCAUCUACUGCUGCAUAGCCAACAAUGGUGUGGGAGGAGCUGCUGAGAGUUGUGGAGCCCUGCAAGUGAAGAUGAAACCUAAAAUAACUCGUCCUCCCAUAAAUGUAAAGAUAACAGAAGGAUUAAAGGCAGUUCUACCAUGUACUACAAUGGGCAAUCCCAAACCAUCAGUGACGUGGAUUAAGGGGGACCAUGCACUCAGGGAAAAUGCCCGCAUUGCAGUUCUUGAAUCUGGGAGUUUAAGGAUUCAUAAUGUGCAAAAGGAAGAUGCAGGACAUUAUCGAUGUGUGGCAAAAAACAGCCUCGGGACGGCAUAUUCCAAAUUGGUGAAGCUGGAAGUUGAGGGAGGUCUCCAAAGCAGAGCCGUGUCUCAUCACUUGGGAGAGCCGUAUUGGGGAGUAAGGACAGAAGCUCUUAAUAUGACAAAUGCCACAGAGAGAGAAGAAAGUGAACUUGAGCAAGAUACUAAAGUUUUUGCCAGAAUCCUGCGGGCUCCUGAAUCCCACAAUGUCACCUUUGGCUCCUUUGUGACCCUGCGCUGUACAGCAACAGGCAUCCCUGUCCCCACCAUCACCUGGAUUGAAAACGGAAAUGCCGUUUCUUCCGGGUCCAUUCAAGAAAGUGUGAAAGACCGAGUGAUUGAUUCAAGACUACAGCUAUUCAUCACCAAGCCAGGCCUCUAUACGUGCAUAGCUACUAAUAAGCAUGGAGAGAAAUUCAGUACUGCAAAGGCUGCAGCCACCAUCAGUAUAGCAGAAUGGAGUAAACCACAGAAAGAUAACAAAGGCUACUGCGCCCAGUACAGAGGGGAGGUGUGUAAUGCUGUCCUGGCAAAAGAUGCUCUUGUUUUCUUCAACAACUCCUACGCAGACCCUGAGGAGGCUCAAGAACUACUGGUCCACAGCGCCUGGAAUGAACUGAACACAGUGAGCCCGUUCUGCCGGCCAGCUGCUGAGGCUUUGCUGUGUAACCACAUCUUCCAAGAAUGCAACCCUGGAGUAGUACCUACUCCUAUACCCAUUUGCAGAGAAUACUGCCUGGCAGUAAAGGAGCUCUUCUGUGCAAAAGAAUGGCUGGAGAUGGAAGAAAAGACCCACAGAGGACUCUACAGAUCUGGGAUGCAUCUGCUCUCAGUGCCAGAAUGCAACAAGCUUCCCAGCAUGCACUGGGACCCCAUGGCCUGUACCAGACUGCCAUAUUUAGAUUAUAAAAAAGAAAACCUAACAACAUUCCCGCCAAUGCCGUCCUCAAAGCCCAGUGUGGACAUUCCAGAUUUGCCUUCCUCCUCCUCUUCCUCCUUCGCUGUCUCACCUACAUACUCCAUGACUGUAAUAAUUUCCAUCAUGUCCAGCUUUGCGAUAUUUGUGCUUCUUACCAUAACUACUCUUUACUGCUGCCGAAGACGAAAACAAUGGAAAAAUAAGAAAAGAGAAUCAGCAGCAGUAACCCUCACUACUCUUCCUUCUGAGCUCUUGCUAGACAGACUUCAUCCCAACCCCAUGUACCAGAGGAUGCCACUCCUUCUGAAUCCCAAAUUGCUCAGUCUGGAGUAUCCAAGGAAUAACAUUGAAUAUGUGAGAGAUAUCGGAGAGGGAGCAUUCGGGAGGGUCUUUCAAGCAAGGGCUCCAGGCUUACUUCCCUAUGAACCUUUCACCAUGGUGGCAGUGAAGAUGCUCAAGGAGGAAGCCUCAGCAGACAUGCAGGCCGACUUCCAGAGGGAGGCAGCCCUCAUGGCAGAAUUUGAUAACCCGAACAUUGUGAAACUCUUAGGCGUGUGUGCUGUCGGCAAGCCGAUGUGCCUGCUCUUUGAAUACAUGGCCUAUGGGGACCUCAACGAGUUCCUCCGCAGCAUGUCUCCUCAUAGCGUGUGCAGCCUCAGCCACAGUGACCUGUCCACGAGGGCUCAGGUCUCCAGCCCUGGACCCCCGCCCCUCUCCUGUGCCGAGCAGCUCUGCAUCGCCAGGCAGGUGGCAGCUGGCAUGGCUUACCUCUCAGAGCGCAAGUUUGUCCACCGGGAUUUAGCCACCAGGAACUGCCUGGUGGGUGAGAACAUGGUGGUGAAAAUUGCUGACUUUGGCCUCUCUAGAAACAUCUACUCAGCUGACUACUACAAAGCUAAUGAAAACGAUGCUAUCCCCAUCCGUUGGAUGCCACCUGAAUCCAUUUUCUAUAACCGCUACACCACGGAGUCUGAUGUGUGGGCCUAUGGGGUGGUCCUGUGGGAGAUCUUCUCCUACGGCCUGCAGCCCUACUAUGGGAUGGCCCAUGAGGAGGUCAUUUACUAUGUGCGAGAUGGCAACAUCCUCUCCUGCCCUGAGAAUUGCCCCCUGGAGCUGUAUAAUCUAAUGCGACUGUGUUGGAGCAAGCUACCUGCGGACAGACCCAGUUUCACCAGUAUUCACCGAAUUCUGGAACGCAUGUGUGAGAGGGCAGAGGGAACUGUGAGUGUCUAGGGUCAAAGAUGUGUCAAUAGACUCUCUGAGCCAGAGGAAUCCAAUGCCACAGGCCCAAGAAGACACAGAUAGGAAAGACUAAUAGUAGACACGAGUAGCAUGUUGUUUGUUUCUUGAGAGAAACAAAGACAGUGCAGAACUCAUAUAGUAGACCAAUCUAUUGAAAGUUGAUGAUUGCGAAUGCAGGCUAGGAAUUGUGUCAGAUAGCCAGAGAUAACUAUUCCUCGCGGGGAAAGUUUGUAUUACAUAUUGUACAGGAAAGAAUGUCAUCCUGUUCAGUUCCUGAAUUAGUUGGCAGUGGAGUAAGACUCUGCUGUAUGAAAUUUUAAUAUGAAAUAUAAUUCGGAGCUUCAUUUUCAGUAGAGUUAAUUCCUGUCCAUUAUGAAAGUAGUAUAUCUUCCUGUAAGAAAUUUAGGUAAAGUUCAGAAAACUAAAAAGAAGGAAAAAACCAUUCAUUCUCCACACCCAAAGAUGGGUGUUAGUUUCUUAUUGAAUUUCUUUCUUGCAUUAAAUGCAUACUUUUCUAUUUGUUUGUAUGCUACAGAGUUGUGGUUUACUUUAUUGAUAGAGGGUGCCUAAGGAAUAAAAUGACAAAUCUGCAAGGCUCUAUUCUUAGUGUGAUUUUUAGUUCCCUUUUCUGUCGCUGACUCCUUCUCUAGGAGUGUUUCCUUUGUGAGCACUUGUCAAGAAUUUAAUCUGCUUAUUUUAUUCCUAUAGUUUUUUCUGAAAAAAAGUUUUUGUGUCUUAUUAAUUUUCCUCUUCCUUUGAAAAUUUUAUUGGUACCUUUUUAUUUGCUUUAAUCUUUAUUUCUUCUUCUUUCCAGGACUUCCUAUCUUUUUUCAGUUAUUUGGCUAUUUUUUUUCCUUUUAUUUCAUACAUACAGUAAACACCCUGGAAGAAAUAAUAACAUUCUAAAUAACCUUGUGGACUAGUAUGUAUAUGCCUUUACAAAGUAUUACUAUUUUCUUCUGUACCUGCUUUUGAGGCCACACAUUUCAAAUUUGUCAUCUCUAAUUUAAUUGCCACAGUCUAUUAAAUCUCUGAAACCAUGGUUUAUACCAUUGGAUUUCACAAGAUGCUCUUGUGGCUCUGAGUUAUUUCAAACCUGAUGUUUGAUGUUUGUGCGCGUUCUGAUAUUUUUUUCCUUCUAGAAACCAAUUCGAUAGGCAGUAGGAUUAACAUAGUGUUGCUUACCAACUUUAUGCACGACUAUUAACCUAUCUUGUUACAUCUUUUGAUUCUUAAAAACAAAAUCCCUCUGGAACUCAGAUUCCUGGUACACAAGAUUUCUCAGUGGAGCCCCACACAAUGUAUCUUUAUCUAAGGCCAACAUCAAUGAUAGGAGUCUAUUCCUGAUAAAGGAUGGACCCAGAUUCUCCUGAAAAGCAAAUAAACAGGGAAGAGAAAAUAGCAGUCUACUCAAUACCAGCUUACUUUAAUUCAAACUAAUUGGUAGUUAGGGCAAUGGAGAAAUGGUCUGAAUUCUUGAGUAGAUUUUCAACGGUCUGCUGGAAGGCUCCACCUGAAUUCUCCAAAUCCACCUGCAUGCAACAACUUGUCAUCUUUGCUGGAAAAGCUGCCAUUUCUUGUUCACAGUCCCACCAGGCAACCAAGACAAAAACAUAGAAAUUACCCUGGACUUUGCCUUCGCCUUCACCCCUGACAUUCUAUCAGUCUUGCUUUCUGAAACGCUCCUGCUCUCUUUCCCUCCCCUUCAAUCUGCCUGCCCAUUAUUCACGCGAUAUCACUGCCUAAUUAUCUGUUAUCUACCCUCCCCCCCUUAUCAGGCCAGAGCAGAUUCCACAAUGUAAGAAUGUGCUCAUUCACAGUUCUGAUUCAUAAAUAGAGAAGUAGAACUUUAGGAUUGAGACCUAACGAAGUGCUUUGAAGUCCUGGUUGUAAGUCCAAAAUUGAGACGGUCAUCCAAAGGGCUAGAUGAAGGAAAAAGCUUGAAGCAUGAGUCCCAAACAGAAGGCCAAGAGGCCAAGAAAGCAGAAAAAUUGGAGAGGACCACCAAGAAGUCUAGAACUUUCAUGUAGAUAUCCAUGGCAUACUUCAAAUGGUUCACAUACGUGGGUCACAUAUGCUCUGCCAACUUCAAAGAUGUCCUCAGGUUUCCUCAGCUGAUAGAGUUUAUGGAUAAAAGCAAGCCAUGGAAGUCAGGCCAAUUGGAAAAGCUACCCCACAGGAAAGCAGGAUAGAGACAGUUACUUGGAGAACCCACCAUGUGGCUUGUACUGCAGGUACCAUGUUGUCCCUCAGAACCAGGUUUCCAUCGCGCCAGUUCUGUUGCCCGCCGCUUUGAGCUGGUCUCUGUUUCCCUCCCACAGCUGAAUAACUGCCCUUACUUCCCUGUCUCUCCCGCGCGGCUUCUACAGCCUCACGGAUGCUCAGUCUGUGUAUUUUUUUUAGGCUUUGCUAUUCAAGAUCCCAAAGGAAAAAUAAUCAUAGAGAUAUAGGUAAAUAUAGUGAGUGAGUGAGCAAGUAAAUAUUAUGGAAACCAUUCAAUUUCAUUAAAUAUUUAAAGUAACUGAAAACUAAAAUAAGUAGAACUCCCAUUAUAGUAAUGGUAGUAUAAAAAUAAUACUAUCAGCUAGCAUUCGUUGAAGGCUUACUAUGUAUAUUCUAAGGCCUCUAAAUACAUUAAGUUAAACCACUCAACAUAGCUAUGAUGUCAGUACUAUCAUUAUGCCCACUUUUUAGGUGAGGAAACAGGUACAGAGAGAUUGUGUAACUGGCCCAAACACACACAGCAACAGAGGCUCGUUUAUGACCUGAAGAGGCUUGGCUCUCAACCACAAUAACAUGUGCUUCAGUUCAUCAGCGAGCAAAUAACUGACCUUUGAAGACUGUGUGGAGGUGAUUUGCAAUUUGCAUGCAGUUUCAAAGCACCCACUAUACCCCUUUACCACUAAUUCCUUCCCAAGUCUUUUUAUUGAAUAGCAAAAAAGUCUAUUUUAGCGUUGUCAGUUUCAUCAAAAACUCAAAGAGGUGGCAAGUUUAGUUAUUCAUUAGCUCUAAGUGCACUUUUAAAUUUAUGUUACGAUCACAAUCUUAUUUUCUCAGUGCUCACCCCAAGGUUCUGGAGCUCAGGAACACGGACUGUUAUUUACCAGUAUUGUCUUCUUUUUUAAAUAAAGAUUUUUUUCCCACUGUAGAAUCAUUGUACAAAUUCAAAGCAGGAGACAAGAGAGACACUUAUAGUGCCAUUGUUACUAACUGUCAGGACAGGCAUCCGUGAGGCACCAAGUCAUUUAAAUGGUCAUAUAUCAAACAUGAUAAGAGGAACAGAGUAUAGCACAUGAUGUCAAAAAACCCAUUCCCUGGUAUUGCAAUAGAGCAGGAAAAGAACACUUCUUUCCACUUUGUAGUAUAUCAUGAACCUGUUCCAUGUCAUUAAAUAUUCUUCUGAAAGUCCAAUUUGAUUUCUGAAUGAUAUUCCAUUGUAUGGAUGUAUCAUCAUUUAAUCUCGCAUUUUUUAACACGAGUUUUUUCUAAUUUUCACUAUUACAAACAAUACUGUAAUAGUCAUCCUUACAUCACAUGUCCAUAAUUAUCUCUUUAUGGAAAUUCUGAGUAGGGAAUGUCUGGGCCAAAUGGCAUGCAGAACAUUAAGGCUUUUAUUAUGUAUUGUCACAUUCUCUAGAAAUAGUUCCCAUCUCUGCAUUGUACAAGAGAUCCCAUAGCCCUACACAUUUGCUGUCAUAGAGAAUUAAUUCUCUAUUUUUUAGAAGCCUUUUGUCUAUUUGGUUAUAGAAAAAGAUUAUCUCAUUUUGAUUUUAUUUUUUAAAUUACUAGUGAGGUUGAAUUUUUCUUGUUCCUAGGUCAUUUAUUGUUUGUAUUUGGGGGAAUCAUCUAUAGUCUAUUUUUUU